UGUGGGAGCUAUCAACUCGCUCAUAUCGAACCUCAUCCUCAUCGAGAUCGAUCAAGCAUAUCAAGCUCACAAGCAAGACGAUCUUGCACCCUCUACAUUCUCUGCGAUACCCUUACCAUCUUGCCUGGAAACAUCGAAUCAAACAAACACGCUGUCCUUGCAUACCGAGGCCGGCUGACCAGCUACAUUCCGCACGUUCGCCAGACGAAAAGAUAACGCUCAGACCCGACAUUUCACUAUCGCCUUGACCCGAAACGUCCAGGCUACCAACGCCCAAUAUCAACCUCUUGCAUCCUAAUACAACGAGAUAGUAUGGCAGUAUAAGCAGAUCAGGUCAUCGUCGAUAUGUUGAGGUCGCAACCUACGACAUCACCCCUGGCCAUCAGGCUAACCGAGCCGAUAACGUAUCUCAAGAGCUCGGCGACGGGAGAAGAUUUUCGAGGUCGACGCCAAUGGGUACAGGAAGACGCACCUCCGGCAGUGUUGAGAGGGAUCUUGACGUUGCGGUUGAACAAGCCGACGAGGAUCAAACGCAUCGAGGUCAAGCUCGAGGGAAAGAGCCGCACAGAAUGGCCAGAAGGGAUCGGUCCAAGGAGGACAGAGACGAGCGAGGAGAACCUGAUCAUCUCCGAGACCUUGACCUUUUUCAACGCUACAGCCGAUGCUCAGCUCGCAAAUCAGCAUCGUCGAGCGCUUUCCAUCGGUCCGGGAAUCCGUGGAGACGAUUCGUGGGACGUCGAGGAAGAGGAUGACGAGGAUGAUUUCCUAGCCGAACGGAGUGAUCGGAUGGAACAGCUCGAAGAGGAUGAUCGCGGAAGGGGAAGGAACAUGACCCGAACCGGGCCUAGGUCGACGAGUCUGAUGCCCAUGCCUGGAGCUCAAGGACCCGGAUUCUCGAGGAUGCAGAGUGGGGACAUUACCUCGGCAUAUAACCAACAACCACCUAGUCCUGAAGUUGAAGCGGGUCCGAGCGGCACUUCAAGUGCAUGCCCGCCUCCACGAGUCGUCCCGGCAGACAGAUUCUCGCAAGCAAGAGGUCCGUCUCCGGCAUACGCCCUGCGGGAUCCCUUGCGUGUCGAGAAUGGUAGUCUGGCAAGGGGCAGGAAAAUGUCGCCCCGUCGCAGGAUGCCUUCGGGUGAUCACAGUGGCGAUAACGAGGAGAGGGACAUCACCGAGUCGGCCUUGAGUCCUAUCGCCAGCGUCGAGGGGUCUCGGUUCCCAAGUCCAGCAGGGGAGGUAACAAAUGGUACGCACCGGUCGCCCCGAGCAUCAACCAGCAGCAUGGGUGUUAGACUUGAUGGCACCAACGGAGGCUCGGGUCCGUCCGACAGCGAUGAAUCUGGAUCGGAACAUCGAUCUAAUGGAGCGGGCUUGAAUGGCGCGGACGCUUCUUCGAGUCCAAGGUCAUCUUUGUCUCAGAGGAGCCAUCUGAGAGCAAUGUCUCCUAUUGGGCACGCCGAUGGCACGGCAUCGCCUCAUCCCUUGCAUGCGGCCAUAUUCUCUGCACACCCAAGCACAAAUAACAGCCGGACUAGUAUACAGCAGCCAAGUGCGCCGACUCAACCUCUGGUAGAGGUCACCAGGUCCGGGUCGAACCGGUCCAGCUUGGUAGAAUUGACCCCUGCUAACAUGGUCGAGACAAACGGCACCAGCAGUGCUGAUGGACGAGGUCGACGAGACAGUACCAGCUUGGCCGGGCAUUUCGCAAGUCUGAGACAUCGUCCGUCACAGAGCUCUCUCAGUCAGAGAGCACCUAGCGGGACGGGGUCGCCAGCGGAUUCAACGCAUGCGGUACAUCAGUACGGAAUGUCGCAGCAGAAUUCCGCUCCGAAUGGUCAACCCGAGCGAGGGAGAAAGGGGAGCAAAUUCUCCAUUGCCAACGCGCUGAGGAGUAUCAGUCGAGCGACCUCGACUUCGAGGACAAGACAGCCCAGUCAACCGCCUCCUUCAGCGCCGAGCUCGCAUUUCGUUGAUCAUGUCAACCGAUCGAAUUCGAUCCGAGAGUCGGGACCGAUGGAUGGGAGGAUGCAGAUGCUCGCGGUAGAGGAUCGAGAGCUGCGACCAUUUGGACGGGGAGGAGCCGGAAGAUCGCCUUCACGCACGAGAGCGUUGAGUCCGGUACAAUCGAGUGAUCGGAGUGAUAGUCGAGGUCGAGGACGCGGCAUCGGAAUGAAGGUUCUCGGGCUGGGUAGUGACGAUGCGGAUCUCGCUGAUGGCGGUUCGCAUAGCUGGAAAGAGUUCAAGAAGGGCGUCUACAACUACCCAAUCUCGUUUCCGAUCCCUCCAAAUGCGCCACCAACGAUCCAUGCUGAUUUCGGUUCUGUCUCCUAUCGUCUUACUGCAACGGUGCAUCGACCCGGAGCAUUAUCUCCAAAUUACAUGGAAGAGAUUGAGGUGUCUAUGAUAGCCACGCCUCAGGAGGACGACAUGGAGGAGACGGAGAACAUCCUAGUCGAGCGGCAAUGGGAGGAUCAGAUGCGGUACUUGAUCGCGCUGAGUGGCAAGGCUUUUACCAUUGGAGGUCAAAUUCCGAUCAGCAUCCGUAUCAUGCCGAUGUCGAAAUGCAAGAUUUUCCGACUGUCCGCCACGAUCGAAGAGAAAAUCGACUACUUUGCCAUGGAACGUAAAGUCGCCCGACACGAAGCGCCUAAAAAGUACCCUCUAGUCUCGUUCAAGAAUGCCGACGAGAAACAUGGCGGCGCUCCUCCCCUAUUGCCCAUCAUCUCCGAAAAAUCUGACGCCGUAUGGACGUCACCCUUGGCAGCCAUGGCCGUUCAAGCGAGGGAGAGAGACGAAACCGAGGACGAUGCCGUCUCCCAACUUUUGAACCCGUUCGGGCCUUGGUAUCUGGAGACGAUGCUACAGGUCCCGGAUUGUCCCUCGCGGAUCAAGUUUUCGACCAAGCACGAGACUACCAACAUGACGAUCGCGCAUUGGUUAAAGAUUGUCAUACGGGUGCAGAGAGGGGAUGACGAGGCGCUUGACACCAAGGGGAAACGAAAGCAGUUUGAUAUCAUCAUAGAGACACCACUUCAUCUGCUGGAUUGCCGAGCGACGACACAGAACAACUCGCUACCGUCGUACAACCCGACAAGCCAUUUCAGCUCCAAUACCAUGGCAGCCAUUACGCCCUUGCAAUCUACCUGUCGCGUACAUCGCUCGCAGAACGGCCUGAAUGAGGUCCCCAUCGAUCUCGCCCCACAGUCGAGCCACUUGACGACGACCAUUACGCGUUCUGGCGUCUCACCCAACCCUGCGACACGUCGAGCUGGACGAUCCGUCUCUACCGCACGAGGUCGAGGUUCCGAGUCUGUCGGCAGCGGAUCAGGAUCGGCACAUGGGAGCGAGACGACCGCCGUGCUGGAGGCACCGGAUACCUUGCUCGAACGCAACAUUGUGUUUGACCGUCUGAUGAGCGGGCAAGAGUCUGAACAGGGCGAGUCGCCGCCGACGUAUGAUGAAGCGCUGCAGAACCGGUCGAGGUCGAGGAACCCUAGGGGUCGAUCGGGAUCGAGACUGCGUACCGAGAUAUACUAGCAGCUUGUCAGCGUCUUGUCGAUGCAUUGCUAUCUCAUAUAUCUCAUCGAUAGAUCAGUGGUAAUGGACAUGCAUGGGUUUCAUCUUGCAUCUUGAUACGUAUUGGGUCGAUCGGCGGGAUCCGAUCGGGAUUGAGCCGGUGAAAAGCUUCCGAGACUCGAUCGCCGACGACGACGACUACGACGACGA